GCCCGGGGCUCGGGGGGUGGGGGGAGCGGGGCGGGGAGAUGGAUAAACUGACCAUCAUCUCAGGAUGUCUCUUUCUCGCCGCCGAUAUCUUCGCCAUCGCCAGCAUCGCCAACCCCGACUGGAUCAACACCGGGGAGUCCGCGGCGCAUCGCAGAAGCGCUUUAGAGAUCUUAAUAGCAUCACCGAGUUAAAUAAUACGGUACACCCGAGCGGCAGGCAGCUCGGCGCAGCGGCGGUGCCUGCGGACCGCGGAGCCGGCGCUGGCGGACCGAGGCGGCACCUUCUUCAGACGGAUGUCGCAGGUGCAUGCCCGCGCGGUUUCCAGCUGCUUGCUCAUGCCAGGCGAAGGGAAUAUUGGGGGUUAGGAAUGUCAGGUGCCUUCCGAGCACUCACUGUGGGCCUUGUGCGACAGUGUCAGACAAUCCAUGGACGAGACCGAACAUGCAUCCCACCUCGGCUGCCCCCGGAGUGGGUGACCACACUGUUUUUUAUCAUCAUGGGAAUCAUUUCAUUGACUGUCACAUGUGGUUUGCUGGUGGCUUCCCACUGGCGAAGAGAAGCUACAAAAUAUGCUCGAUGGAUAGCAUUCACUGGAAGUAUCCAAGAGAAUCCAAAUGUGCUGUGUAACAUUUGGCAUGGUCAUUCGCCCAAAAUGAGAUAGACUGUGUGUAUAAUAUAAAAUAAUCCACCUAAAUAGUGCAAAGCAAACAAAUGUACUGGUGUAUCUCUUGAAUUAGUAUGUUACUUGAGAAAAUGUUACUUUUUAAUACAUUUCUGGAGCUGUUCCAGGAAAAGACUCCCAUUUUGACUAUUUUUUUGGUUAAUUUGCUUUUUUUAAAGUAUAUUUUUAUUGAUUUUAGAGAGGAAGGAAGAGGGAAAGAGAGAUAUUGAUCAGCUGCCUCCUGCACGCUUUCUACUGGGGAAUCAAGCCCGCAACCCGGGCAUGUGCCCUUGACCGGAAUCGAACCUAGUACCCUUCAGUCCGCAGGCCAGUGCUCUAUCCACUGAGCCAAGCCAGCGAGGGCUCUUCUUUUGGCUUUUAAAGGACUCUAUUAAGUUUUAUUGAUUGGCCCAAAAGUAAUUUAAGACAAGUGUCAUCUGAUAUGUUUAUCCAGGACUGUCACUAUUCCUUGGAAUGGGUCUAACUUGGGAAAGGUUUCUCAUUCAGAUUAUAACGGAAAGCUUCAACUCUUCAUAUACAAUGAGUAUAGUAAUCUGUCUUCACAUUACACUGAGAAAUGUUUCUGCCUCCAGAAUUGAAAAGACUGUUCACAUUUUACCAAUGUGCUUUCAAAAAGCAUAAACUGUUUUCUUGGAAAAACUAGCCUAUCCAUAGGCAGUCUGCAUUUGCUCAGAACAUUUCUUCUAUAGCACCGGGGAGCACACUGUUUGCUAAAAUAGUGGCCUGUGGAAUUACUUCUACUCAGACAGUGGGUUUUCUGAUAUUUUUCUAGAAACAUUUUUAGCAAAUACUAGAUUUCAUUGUGUUUGUAUACAAAACUCAAAGGUUUCUCACCCUCCCCCACCUGUGUAUAUUCAGAAACCUAACAGGUUGGGUGGUUUGGGGGUGGGGGGCUUUGUCCAUGAUAAGAGAUAGCCACUCUGACAAUUUGCUAAUCAUUGCGGAAGUCUGAGAUUCUUUCCACUAGCUGACUUUAAACCAGAGUGAGGUAAAUGGUACUUGGAUGUACCCUUUCUCUGAUUCCUUUUAACUAGUACCAACUGAGAGGAACAGAGAAUUGGCAAAAUAAUAACUCCAAUGACAUGCAACAUUUAUUCAGCACUUACUCUCAAUGUGGCUGGCACUGUGCCAGGACUUGCUAAUGUUUGUUUAUACUUCUAGCAUUUACUUCAUUUUCAGAAGGGAACCAGAAGCCUGAGAUUACACAGCUAUUAAGUAGCACAGCCAGAAUGUAGCCCUGAAUCACCAUUUAAGUAAAUGGUCAAGAGUAAUGCAUAUGAGUACUUGGUAGGUUUGGGGACCUUUCUUAACGCUGAUAUUUGAAAUUGUCUCAAAAGGCUAAUCCAGCUUUCCCUGAAUUUAAUUGUUAGAUUUGGGGGAUAUUAUAUGAUCUGUAGUAUAUGCAAAUAUUUUGACAAGUGGUUUAUGUUUUGACAGGUUUGACCAUGUUAUCAAUCCACAACCCUUCUUAUAAACUUCCUUUGCGCCAAAUUUUCAUUGUUUUCCUAAUCACCAAACCAUGUUACUAAUGUUGUGUUUUGGUUUG